AUGUCAUUCUCAGAUUUCUCUAAAGUUGAAUCUCUCAAGUCAUUGAACGAAUUCUUGGCUGACAAAUCAUACAUUGAUGGUACUGCUGCCACUCAAGCUGAUGUUACUGUCUACAAAGCUUUCCAAAAGGAAUUCCCACAAUUCACCAGAUGGUUCAACCACAUUGCUUCAUUCACUGAAGAAUUUGAAGACUUGCCAGCCGGUAAAGCCCCAGCUGCUUCUGCUGCUGCUGCUGAAGAAGAAGAUGACGAAGAUGUCGACUUGUUCGGUUCUGAUGAUGAAGUUGAUGAAGAAGCUGAAAAAUUGAAGCAACAAAGAUUAGCUGAAUACGCUGCCAAGAAAGCUGCUAAAGGUCCAAAACCAGCUGCUAAAUCUAUUGUCACCUUGGAUGUCAAACCAUGGGAUGAUGAAACUGAUUUGGACGAAUUAUUGGCCAACGUUAAAGCCGUCGAAAUGGAAGGUUUGACUUGGGGUGCUCACCAAUGGAUCCCAGUUGGUUUCGGUAUCAAAAAAUUACAAAUCAACUUGGUUGUUGAAGAUGCUUUAGUCUCCUUGGAUGAAUUGCAAGCUGCUAUUGAAGAAGAUGAAGACCAUGUCCAAUCUACUGAUAUUGCUGCUAUGCAAAAAUUGUAA